AUGUCUUCGUUGACAAUACUUAGAAGGGGUGCCAGAUCAGACAUGAUUGUAUGGAAGCUAUGGUGUCUAUGGAUCUCAGUGUUUGCCGGCGUCUUGCGAAAAGAGCUGUUCUAUUUCAUAUGCAAAAUAUCGACAGAUAUCAAUUAUUCUGGAGGAUACGGGAAUACAAUUGCUUUCGAUUUCGCCACUCGGGAACCAGUUUCCUUUCCCAGCUCCUUGUCGUCAUCUCUUAUCAAGUACUUUGCAUGGAAGCCUCUGGAUGUCUGUUCGAAUGCGAAGAGGAGCGAUAACCGAAAUCACUCGUCGAUCUUCAUCCGGCCCUCAUUAUCCUCAUAUACAAACGACUUUUGCCCAGAUCUUGGAAAUUGUACUUUCACAGCAUACGCACACCGCACAGGACAUUGGUGGAAAGUGUUGGUGGCGGAAAUUGUUGGUGUUCACUGUUCCGAGUGUGGAUUACUGUGUACCUUUGUCUGCAUGUUGUCGAAGAACGUACUCCGUAGAUACCAAGCAUCCCAGGCCUCGCGGAUACUUGAGGGCAAGUCUCUGGCCCCUCCCCAAACACGCAUUCGUACCAUGACACCGCAGACCUGGCUCAUCACUGGCUGCUCCAGCGGCUUCGGCGCCGAGUUUGUCCACCAGCUCCGAGCCCUCGGAGACAAUGUCAUCGCCACCGGACGUCACGCCGAGACAAAGCUCGAGCAUCUGAAGGAUACUGGAGCAAGCAUUAUCGACCUAGACGUGACAGCUCCUGAAGAUGUCAUCGCGGCUAAGGUUGAGGAGGCUUGGGGUCUUUACCCGGGCGGCAUUGAUGUUGUUGUCAACAACGCCGGCUAUAUUCUGAGUGCAGCGUUCGAGGAGCUCACGCAUGUUGAAACCAACUCCCUACUUCGAUCAUUUACUUACCUUGUUAAUAGGCAAAAGGACCUUGAAGAUGUGUUCAAGACCAAUUUCCACGGCCCACUGAAUAUCACGCGCGCUCUUCUACCAAAGCUGCGAGCCAAGGGGACGGGAACCUUACUUUUCAUGGGCUCUCAGGCGGGAUGGCAUACUGACCCUAGCGCGACCGGAUAUUGUGCUACUAAGUUUGCCCUCGAAGGGGCUGUGGAGUGCCUUGCAAAGGAGCUUGCUAUCUUUUCGCCUGGCAUAAAAGUGCUGCUUGUCGAACCUGGCUAUUUUCGAACUCGUGCCUUCAAUAACAUCAAUCAUGUGGCGCCGCGCGUGGAUAUUUAUUCCCAGUUCAAUGCCGGCGUUCAGGCAUUUGAACAAAGCGUUAUAGGAAAUGAGCCAGGCGACUCUACAAAAGCCGUUGCUCGAAUGAUUGAGCUGACCAAGGGUACCGGGAUGGCCGCUGGAAAAACGAUUCCGCUUAGAAUGCCGCUCGGAACCGAUGGGUGGUCCAGGAUCAAGGGCAAAUGCGAGGAAACGCUCAAGAUAUGCGAGGAAUGGGAGGACGUGGCUAAGAGUACUGAUGUGCAACAGAGCUGA